UAUGAAAAAUAUCACACUGCAUUUCCUGACCUCGGGGACAGGCGAAGCCUGGGACAACCUGUGUCACGCCCGGCUGUGAGGCAGCCACGCAUGUCCCCGGUCAGGCAGUGCCACCAUUUAGCCGUGCCUCUGCUGCCAUCUGCUGGCGCACGGUGGAGGUGCGGCAUUCCUGACCCAAAGAGGAAUUCUGGUUAACUUUACGGCAGGUUCGCACUACAGAAACACCUGAAUUGUAGGAAUUGUCUCGGCGGGUUGUUCUAUUAACCCAACUGUCAUCGUGAUGACCGUUGUUUGACGCCGUUUGCUUUUCAGGCAGGGUUCCAGGCGCGCUCACCCUGCGGCGAGCCGAAAGGAUUGCUUUCCACACGAUUUCCAAACCGCGUUUAAGGAAAAAAUGCAAAUACUUCUAUCAUAAUCCCGUUGUAAACGGGAUGGAUUAGCAGGAAUUCACAACUUAAUCAUACCGCUGGGGAUUGCGUGCCACGCUCCGGGAAACGCUUCUUUAUUACAACGCAGCGAGGACGGGCGCAGCGCCUCGCCGCCGUCCCCGCGCCGGGCACCUCCGUCCCCGCACUGCCCCCCGCCACACCCCGGCGCAAGAUGGCGGCGCGGCUGCUUCGCCUGCGCGGGCUCCUGCGGACCGCCGGCCGGAGGGCUUUCUCCUCACAGCCCAGUCCUGUGCCAACCGAGCAGCACGGCACGAAGCGCCCGGAGCCUUCUUCUGCUAAGCGUCUGACUGACAUCGGCACCCGGAGGAUCUUCUCGUCCGACCACGAUAUCUUCAGGGAGAGCGCCAGGAAGUUCUUUCAGGAGGAAGUGCUGCCUUUUCAUGCAGAGUGGGAGAAGGAUGGCCAGGUGAGCAGAGAGCUCUGGGAAAAAGCUGGACAGCAAGGUUUGCUGGGUGUUGCUAUUGCUGAGAAACAUGGAGGCAUUGGAGCGGAUAUUCUCUCCUCAGCCGUGCUCUGGGAGGAGCAGAUGUACGUCAACUGUACUGGCCCAGGAUUUAGCCUUCAUUCCGAUAUAGUCAUGCCCUACAUUGCAAAUUAUGGCACUGAAGAACAGAUCAAACACUUUAUUCCUCGGAUGGCUGCAGGCAAGUGUAUUGGUGCUAUUGCCAUGACAGAGCCUGGGGCUGGCAGUGACUUGCAAGGAGUACGGACUUAUGCAAAAAAAGAUGGAAGUGACUGGAUUCUUAAUGGGAGUAAGACCUUCAUCACUAAUGGUUGGAUGUGUGACGUGGUGAUUGUGGUUACGGUUACAAACCGAGAGGCUCGAUCUCCUGCUCAUGGAAUCAGCCUUUUUCUGGUGGAAAAUGGAACAAAAGGUUUCACCAAAGGACGCAAGCUGCAAAAAAUUGGCCUGAAAGCUCAAGACACGGCAGAGCUGUUUUUUGAAGAUGUGCGGUUGCCAGCAAGUGCCUUGCUUGGGAAAGAGAACAAAGGUUUCUAUUAUUUGAUGGCAGAGCUCCCUCAGGAAAGACUGCUGAUUGCUGAUAUGGCUCUUGCCAGCUGUGAAUUCAUGUUUGAGGAAACAAGGAAUUAUGUGAGGCAAAGAAAAGCUUUUGGGAAGACAGUUGCACACUUGCAGACGGUGCAGCACAAGUUGGCAGAAAUGAAAACGAACAUUUGUGUGGGCCGAGCUUUUUUGGACAACUGUUUGGAGCUGCACUCAGAAAAACGCCUGGACUCCCCCACAGCUUCUAUGGCAAAGUACUGGGCGUCUGAUCUCCAAAACAGCGUAGCAACUCAGUGUGUGCAAAUGCACGGAGGCUCGGGGUACAUGUGGGAGUAUCCAAUUGCAAAAGCUUUCGUGGAUGCCCGUGUUCAGCCCAUCUAUGGUGGCACCAAUGAGAUUAUGAAGGAGCUGAUCGCCAGAGAAAUUGUCAGUGACAACUAGGGCAGGUGCUGGCUGCAUGGAGAACCUUCCCGAGCACUUUUAUAGUAAUACAUGACAUAAGAUCAGACAUCAGAAUGUAAGUAAAGGAGACGGAUGUAGUAUAUCGUACUCUUUCAAGGGAGAGAAGCCUGUUUAAGUGUUAGCAACGAGGGUGUUCCUAAGGAGGAUUUCUAAUGUUUAAAUUGAAAGUUCAUUAAAUAUAUUUGGAUGACUGUUCCCAUGGGCUGUUCGUGAAAGGGGUAUUAUGGGUAACCAAAUGCCAUUACAUUGAUUGUGCCCUUUGCUGUUUGGGAUUAAAUCUUGCCUCCACAGAAGCCAGUUUGUGAGGGAUGAGUGGGAGCAGAACGCUGGUGUGCGGGGGGAGGCCUUGUCACUGUUCAUACACGGCCGCUUACUGCUGUCACCGCUGUGGGGAGGGCGAGAUGCGCUUAACCUCUGUGCCUUACUGUAACCGGCGUUUUGGACACCUGUAAUAAAGCGUUUCUGCGUGC